UUAAACGGUUUUCAGCGGGUGUUGAAGUUUGGUCGGGACUAACGUUACUUUGUUGUGGUUGUGCAGAGAAAGAUAAUGGCGGAUUUGACUAUUUAAUGCUUUUAUGAAGAUUUUUGAAUUCACCUGCAAUAUAGAGUGAACUGCUAUUGAAGCGGAAAAUAUUUUUAUUUUUUCUCGAAACUGGAGGAGUUUUAUGGUCGCAACCAUGACCUCUGUACUGUCCUCCACGCAUGCCCUGAUGCAGAUGUUCAAUGGGAGGAUUCAGGAGUUCGCCAACGAAAUAGAGAAUGUCCACAUGGUGUGGCUCGAGGAGAUCCAGCAGGAAGCCAACCGCAUGUUCUCAAGUGACUUCAGUGCGGAGCCAGAACUGAUGCCAAAGACUCCAUCACAGAAGAAGAGCAACCGUAGGAAGCGUCUGGCCGUGGGUCAAAAUGAAAAUCACAUCAAGAGACGCUUCUCAAAGGGAAAGCGCAGCAACCUGCGUCGCUCCUCUGUGUCCACCUCCCUGAACCUGAUAGCAGAGGAUGAUAGAGGAUCUCCGGUCACAGUGGAAGAGAUAGUCAAGCCCCCUCGUACCCGCAGAGCCAAACAGACUACCCAGCCUGAGGCGGUACCACCCGUAUGCAGCACCCGAAAAGGAGCUUCUCAGGCCUCCUCCUCUCAGCUGGAGCAGGAGCCAGAGGAGACGCAGCAUGAGGCUUCAGCCGAACAAAUCCAGGAGGAGAGGAUGCAGCCAGAGGAGGCUGAGAGGAAGAGGGGGGAGUCCAGCUCAGACACCUCCCAGCCCCCCUGUCUCACACCCCCUCCUCCUCCUCUCACCCAGAGUCACAUAGCUAAAGCCAUAGUCAAGAUCUCAGCCUCAGAGCGGCGUUCUGCGGAGCUUCAGAUGAACCCCAACCCAGAGCACUCUCCAGGCCGCACCGCCACCAAGAUAGCCAUCGCUGCCGGCACCACGCCCCCGGGCCCCAGGCGGAGCUCCGUGAGACACUCCCUGACCGUGCGGCGCUCCCUGGCAGGGCUGAGACACAGCAUGACCCAGGAGUCUGUCCGCAGAGCCUCCAGGAGAUCCUUCCUGAAGAAGAAGGCUCGUAUGGGUAGCUCCACCUGCAGCAGUAACGUCAGCGGGCCUGAAGACGUGUGCAUGGAAAGUGAUGGACAUGAGGUCGAGGUGCAGACGGAUGGGGUAUUGUCAGAGGAGCCUGCUGAGACUGACAGCCCAGCUCCUGAGACUUCUCCUGGGGAUAACAUGGUCCAGAACCACCCAGGGGCUCUCAGUGUUGAGGAGGUUCGUCGAUUCACCCGCUCCAUGGCCCAGACCACUCCCACCAUGCCACCAUCAGCCUCGAUCAUCAGCAAGGCCAAGACCGGCACACCAGACUCCGGAUCAGGUGGCAGUGGUAAGAGUCUGGGUCCUCGUCUCAGUGCCAAGCGCAGAGCGGCCGCAGAUGAUUUCCAGAGCCCCAGGAAGAAGCCCUCACCCCCCGUGAAGAGCCAGAGUGUGAGGCCCAACAUGAGGUCAUUCCUCCACACGGUCCAGAGGAACCAGAUGCUGAUGAUGACCCCCAGCUCUCUGGGUCGCAACACGGUCAUGAAGUCCUUCAUCAAACACACCACGCCAGGCAGAGCAGACUUCAAGGAAAGAGAACGUCUGAAACUGGAUGCCCUGAAGAAGAAGCAGGAGCAAGAAGAGGAGAGGAAGAAGAAGAUGGAGGAAGAGAAGCGGAGAAAACAGGAGGAGAUGAAGAGGAAGAGGGAUGAACGGCUGCGGAGGGUAGUCGAGGCCCGGGUGAAGGAAGAACAGAGGGAGGAGGAGAAGAAGAAGAAGAUUGAGCAGAAGAUGCUUCAGAUUGACGAGAAACACGACAAGCUGCGAGUGGAGCGCAUGGCAGAGGAGAAGGCCAAGAAGAAGGUGGCCAGCAAACGCCAGGAGGAGCUGGAACUGAGGAGGAAGAUGGAGGAGGACGCCAGGAGGAGGAAGAUUCAACAGUCUGAGGAGGAGGAGAAGCGUCAGCAGGAACUGCAGGCUAAGAGAAGAGCUGACGAGGAGCAGGAGAGGACUCGCAAGAUGGCUGAGGCCCGGCGAGCACUGGAGCUGAAAAAGGAACAGGAGAGGGAGCUGGAGAGAGAGAGACAAGCCUCUGCUGAGAGGGAGCGGGCAGAACGGGACAAGGCCACCGCUCUUCAGAGAGAAGUGGAGAGAGCUGCCAGGGAGAAGGAGAGGAGGGAGCUGGAGGAGAGGAGGAGGGAGGAGCAGCAGAGGCAGGCUGAGGAGGAGAGACAGAGGGAAGCUGAGAGACAGAGGGAAGCUGAGAGACAGAGGGAAGCUGAGAGACAGAGGGAAGCUGAGAGACAGAGGGAAGCUGAGAGACAGAGGGAAGCAGCCAGACAGAGGGAAGCAGCCAUACAGAGGGAAAGGGAGGCAGCUGCUAUUGCUGCUGCUAAGAGCCACCUCACUGCUGAUGUUCAGCCCAUGUUGAUGAAGACGCCUGUAGGGAAGGGAGGAGUCCUCAACGUCACUGUGGAUAUCGAGCAGUCUCCCCAGUCAUAUGAGAUCACUCCUAAGGGGGGCAACAAGCCAGUUGUUCUCAACACCAACCCUGAGGACUAUGGGAUGGACCAGAACAGUGAUGACUCUACUGACGACGAAUCCGCACCGAGGAAACCCAUCCCCACAUGGGCUGAGGGCAACCAGCUGAAGCAGUCUAUGAUGAAGCAAUAUUUCCACCCAGCUGACGUGGACUCUCACUACGGGGAGAUUGAACCGCCAAAACUGGACCGCAUCUUCUACAAGAGCAAACCUCGCUACUUCAAACGUACCAGCUCUGCUGUCUGGCACUCGCCACCAAGAAUGGGAGCUCUGCCCCUUUAAACACUGGGAACUGGGAUUAAAGGGUUUUUUAUUUUUCUGUUCUGUUCGUUCUUGCAUGUAUUAUAUUAAGAACCUCUAGCUGGCGGACACUUGAAGUGAAUUUCAGUAAGUUUAAGGAAUGUAGCUAACAAUCUUUUUUUUAAAUCCUUUUAAAAAUAAAUCUUGUAUACAUUUACAUUUCUUCUGAAUAAAAUGGAUAGAACAUU